CCAUGCCCGCUGCUCCCUCCGCCGGCGCCCGGGGGGCUGCAGCGGCUGUGAAGUGGGGGAGGCCGCAUAAGGCGGCGGGGUCGGCCACUGGGGCAGGGUCCGGGGACGCAGCGCGGCGGGCGUAGGUCUAUGUCGCGGGCGGUGGCGGCGGCGACGGCCGCGGAGGGACGAUGCGCGAGUACAAAGUGGUGGUGCUGGGCUCGGGCGGGGUCGGCAAAUCCGCCCUGACCGUGCAGUUCGUGACCGGCACCUUCAUCGAGAAAUACGACCCCACCAUCGAGGACUUCUACCGCAAGGAGAUCGAGGUGGACUCGUCGCCGUCGGUGCUGGAAAUCCUGGACACCGCGGGCACUGAGCAGUUCGCGUCCAUGCGGGACCUGUACAUUAAGAACGGCCAGGGCUUCAUCCUCGUCUACAGCCUCGUCAACCAGCAGAGCUUCCAGGACAUCAAGCCCAUGCGGGACCAGAUCAUCCGAGUGAAGCGGUAUGAGAAAGUGCCAGUCAUCUUGGUUGGGAACAAAGUGGACCUGGAGAGCGAGAGGGAGGUGUCAUCCAACGAAGGCAGGGCCCUCGCAGAGGAGUGGGGCUGCCCCUUCAUGGAGACCUCCGCAAAGAGUAAAACAAUGGUGGACGAACUCUUUGCAGAGAUCGUGAGGCAAAUGAACUAUGCCGCGCAGCCUGACAAAGAUGACCCGUGCUGUUCUGCAUGUAACAUCCAAUAGCAUUCAAAAAAGGCUCUCCCGGACGGGACCUGCCUGCCAUCACAGGCGGCACAAACCUCGUCUACUCGACUGCGGAGUCCACGGGCUGUGUGACGCGAAUCCACCGUGAAACAGCAGCCCUUACCCAGAACCCAGCAGUGAUUGUCCGUUGACAUCCCUGAGUAACAUUUGGGUUCAGUGACCACAGUUUUCGCCAUUGUCCUCAGUCUCCUAGACGCACCUGCCGCUUCGAGUCACAGCCAGUCAACCGACAGGGUGGUCGCCUUUGAAUGCUCGGAUGGCAUUGUCACCGAGCUGACCGAAGCAACUCUUGUAUAAAUGAAAAAUAACCAUGAGAGAGAAACCAGAAGGAUUCCUAGGACCACUGCAAUUAAAAUAUUUUAUCUUCUUUUAAAAAAAAUAAGUAAAGGAGAAAUAUUUUCCUAUGAGAGUACUGAAUUUCAGGAAUUGAGAUAGCGCUUCUGACCACUGUAUUCCGUCAAGUAAGAUAAUAGCUGCUCUGCCGACAGCAUUACAGGGAGAGAUUCUUUGCUUAGCUGGCACAUUUCUGUUUCUCAAAAGCGAUGCUUAAUUGUAGAUGUUAUCCUCAUUUGUGACACCGAACUAAUUCCUGCAUCCAUCCUCGAUAGAGCAAAAGUCCAAACAGGUUGUGUACAAAUACAACUGGGCUUUAGAAUGUGUAAAAUUACCUGCUUUGCCACAGCAUACGGAGGCCCUCACCAGGGUUCGAUCCGAUUUAAAACCCCAAAGCCACCCCCGUUAACCAAGCAGGUAUGGUCUUUGUUACUUUACUGAACAAGAAGGAAGCAACUGUGAUGCAAAGAUAUUGCCCAGCCUUACUAACAAAAAGGGUUCUAGUCAUAGAUUAACUAGUACCAUCAUGUAAGGAAAAUGAAGCCAUGUUGCAUCCCCGCGUUCUGUGUGCAGAAACCUCACAGGACAGUACAAAUAUCUCGCAUUUUUCCGUUUGUUAAAGCAGCAAAUUCCUUCUUGCCUUUAAGGGCUAUGGUUGUGGUGUGGUUCUUGGUUAACCUGCUUUCAAAAUCAAGUUUGCUGUAGCAGAGCUCUAUUGCAGGCAUUUAAAAAGAGUGAAUAACCAUGUGAAAUCAUUUGGGCUUAAAAGUAGAACAUAAACUACAGAGUGGAAGAUAAGGGACAAAAAAAAAAAUCUUUUAUCUUUAAUUUUCCUGGAGAAGUAUAUAAAGGUUUUCUUGUAACAGUUUUGCCCUGAUUACUGAAGUGGCAAAUAAGGCUAGAGAAUAUUUUGUUUGGAAAAGGUGCUCAGGCUCUGACACUUGUGGUUUUCAUAGCCACGAAGUAUUUGUCAUUUGCAUGACUAACAGCCCAGGAAGAACCUAUGCGUAAGUUUUACAAUCAAGUGUAGAAGGGUUUUUAACUAACUUCAGAGUUCCAAAUGCUAAACAAACAGAGUACCUUGAGCUGAUUCUCUGGGGAUAAACUUGGCCUUCAGAACUGCAAUAUCACUGAGCCUGUGGUCUACAUGCCGCCCCACAUUCUGUUGAUUUCACACUCUAGUGCAAGUAACCUCUGGUCUUAACGUGUGUAACUGAGAGAAUAGUGUGUGUUUGUGUGUGCAUGUGUGUGUAUUGUUCCUAAGAACUUGGCACAAAUCAGAGAUAAUUGCCUAUACUGAGAAUCUGUGUUGCAGAAUAUAGUGUAUCAAAAACAUCUUUUCGUCUUAAAUUAUUUAAGUGUUUCUUACACAUCGCUGAAAUCAUUGGUAGCCCACUGUCCCCGCCCCAAGUGUUUAGUAAACUGGUGUUAAGCCUAAAGAAUAGAAAAAAGGUGGAUAGUAACUUCUCAUUGAUGAGAAAACAGGUAUGUGGAUAAAACCAGGCCGCAGUGGUCAAAAGUCUUUGAAUUGUGAAUGUUUGCAUUCUUCUGUACAUGGUUUUUUUCAAUAAAUCCCAAUUAUGAAGCACCUUGUUUAUAGGACAAAAACCUCUAACUAAUUUGAUUGGAACAAACUUCCUUGUGUAAAAGUUGAUUUGACUCAGCAUGUAGAGAAAUCAAAGGUUCAGGAAGUCUGUAUGACUUUUCUCCUGAAAUAGAAAUAUUUGUUAGUGAAUUGAUUGAAUUUUGAAGCCUCUAACUUCUCAGAAUGAUUCUGUUUUUUAGAAUUCCACAUGUAAUAGCAGUGUAUGACAACUCAGAUUACAAUAUUAGAAACAUCUGUAAAAAUUCUACAGUCUUACAUAGCGGAUUGCUAUGCAGACGAAAAAAAUAAGUUUCACAAUAUGAAAGGUAUGACACAAUAUGAGGCGGAAAAGAUUAUCUAAAAAUGGGGGUGUUAGUUAGAAGUGUUUGUGUCCGACAGAAGGUGGGCUUUUACUGUGACGAUGUUCAUAAUAACUGACUGGGCCACCUGAUCACAGAGUUUCCUACAUAUUUAGUGACAAAGCGUCAGAGAGAUCCAGUCCGGAACCAGGGAAACCCUCGUGUGCUCCUACUGUUGGUAUUUUGCCUGGUAUGACUAUGACUCGGUGUGAAUGAGUGUGUCUGUUGAGAUGUUAAUAAAAAGCUUCACAACCGGAAGACUGCAUUUGUUGGCACAUGAAAUAAUAGUGGCUACAGAGAAAAGCUGGUGACCUUGUGUCACCAUUUAUUUUAUGCCCUGAUCAGACUAGCAACUAGAUAUGUGGACGCUUUUCUAACAUGCCUUAAAAAUAUUAUGGUUUGAUCCAAAGACCCACUUUUUUUUUUUUUUUUUUUUUUUUUUAGCUAUUAUGGUAAGGUUUUUUAUUUUGUCUUGCUUUAUUUUUAUACAAAGGCGGCAUUUGUUACAAGUUUUUUUUUCCUUUUAUGUUGCAAUUUUUGGGGGUUCUUUUAAGCUGUGAUAGCGAUGGUAACUGAUGUUUUUCAUUUUGUUCAACUUGCACAAAACAGGCCAGCAUCCGAUCAAAAGUAUUACAUAAAAUCUUAAACUAUUGAAAGGUGCUUUGAUGAUUUUCUCCUUUGGUUUGUAGCAUUAGGACUGAACUUGACUCUCAUCACGACAGUUGCCAUCACUCUUCUGUGGUGUAACUACUGAGAUUUGCUUUUCUUUAUAAAAAAAAUGUUGCCUAAGGAUGUCUGCUAUUUGUUUUCAAGAGUUGUCCAGUGAGACUGUCGUCUGUUUACGUGUGAGUAUGGAAGUGCUCAUUUUACUUGUUGCUGUUGGGUUGUUUUUUUUUUUUUGUUUUUUAGUUUUUUAUUCUUCUCAGUAGUCUUGUGUUAGCACUGGGUAAGCUUUCGUUGUCUCCUUAGCCAAUCAAAUGUUAAAGCCUGUGGGGGUCUUUUCUUUUUUUAAUUGACACGUCAUUGUGCACCUAUUAAAUCUUGAUCAGGGUUUCAGGAAUGACUGCAGUGGGUUUUGGAAACAGACUUAUCAUUAUUGAUUUGGGGUUUCCCAGAGAAAAAUAUAGUUCACAGUUCAUUGUUGAGCUCUAAUACAACUGGCCAUUUAAAAUUGAACAACACUUUAUUGUUUUGUAACAAUGU